AUGAACAAUGGCUGGCUGGAACUGAGCGAGCAGAGCAGGUCUUUAGAUCUUGACAUUCAGACCAUCAGGUAUUCCGGUGUCACAGAGCUGCCACCUAGCCACGGGCACAUUUUGAUUGUCACAUCAACCCUGCAUAGCCACCAUCUUGACAGGUUUUGGCCCCACAGCGCUACCUGUUGGCCACCCUGUUUCUGGAGGAGGCAGAUGGGCCACCUACGCAGCAGAGGGGAACAUGCAUCAGAGAAGCCCAGGGGACAGCGAUAUACCAACACAGUCCCUAGGGUCACGGUGUCCCCAGGUGUAGGGGCGCAGGUUGUCAAUCCCGAGACGCGAGAGCCCGCCCAGGGUGCAGUACUAAGGCUGACCGCCAGAGGACGCCGCUGCAUCAUACUUAGUAGAACAAAAAGGAAAAUUAAGAACCAAUCUGUGGAGAUAGUGUUCAUUUUGCUUGGACUGACAGAUGACCCUCAGCUACAAAUUCUGAUUUUCCUGUUUCUGUUUUUCAAUUAUAUCUUGAGCCUGAUGGGGAAAUUAGUGAUCAUCCUCCUCACCCUGCUGGAUCUCUGCCUCAAGACUCCAAUAUAUUUCUUCCUCCGGAAUUUCUCCUUCCUAGAAAUUGCAUUCACAUCUGCCUGCAUUCCAUGGUUCUUGAUGAGCAUUCUCACUGGAGACAAAACAAUUUCCUACAAUGCUUGUGUAGCUCAAUUCUUCUUCUUCUUUCUAUUACUAGUCACAGAGUUCUACUUCCUCGCUGCCAUGUCCUAUGAUCGCUACAUUGCCAUAUGCAGACCACUGCACUACCCCAUCAUCAUGAACAGCAAAGUGUGCCACCUGCUGGUCAUCAGCUCCUGGGUAACUGGGUUCUUAUCCAUCUUUCCUCCUUUGAUGUUGGGACUCAAACUGGAAUUCUGUGCUUCCAAAACCAUGUGUCACUUCCUAUGUGACAUGUCUCCUGUCCUCCAGCUGUCUUGCACAGACACACGUUUCAUAGAAUGGAUGGCUUUCGUCAUAGCUGUGAUGACACUCGUCAUCACCUUGAUCUUAGUGAUCCUCUCUUACACACUCAUCAUCAAAACCAUCCUCAAGUUCCCUUCAACUCAACAACGGAGAAAGGCCUUUUCCACCUGCGCCUCACACAUGGUUGUUGUCUCCAUUACUUAUGGGAGUUGUAUCUUCAUGUACAUGAAAACAUCAGCCAAGGAAAGGGUGACUUUAAAUAAAGGUGUAGCUGUGCUCAACACUUCUGUGGCCCCUUUGCUAUACCCUUUCAUUUACACCUUAAGGAACCAGCAGGUGAAGGAAGCUUUCAAACAGGUACUUCACAGAUUUUGUUCUGCUCAAAACAGUGAAUUAAGAUUUAGGCAUAAAUAGCAUGUUGUUGUAACAUGACUGAAAAAAUGAAAAUGAUUGUCAAAUAUGUUUUCUGUGGCCUAUGCCAUUUCUUUCCUUUACUACUUAGAUCAUAGUAAGUAUUCUUACUGCUCGAUGCGCAUCUUUCAGAAUAGAUCUUCCGAAUCACUUCUUCAA